AUUCUCCCAUUCUUUCUCCAAAUCCCUUUCCACUCUCUCAACAUCUCCCCUCCCUCCAACUCUUGCUUCGUAACCACCACCAUCACCAUGCCAGAAGCUCCUAAUCCCACUCAGUCCUGCGCUGCCACAGCAGUCCCCGUCGAGCACCAGAAAGUUCUCGACUACAUCGAGGACGUGACCAUUAAUGCCGACCAGGUCCAGCGUCGCGUGCUCUCAGAGAUCCUUGCCCAGAAUGCGCCUGCCGAGUAUCUGCACCGGCACGGGUUGUCCGGCCAUGCCACCGCCGACCCCGGCGCCUUCAAGCGCCUCAUCCCUGUCAUCACCUAUGACGAUCUCCAGCCAGACAUCCUCCGCAUCGCCCAUGGCGACACCUCGCCCAUCCUCUCCGGCCGACCCAUCUCUGAAUUCCUCACCAGCUCCGGGACAUCCGGCGGUGAGCGGAAGCUCAUGCCGACGAUCGACGACGAGCUCGACCGCCGGUCGCUUUUCUACAGCCUGAUGACGCCGGUGAUGAGCCAAUUCGUGCCGGGCCUUGACAGAGGCAAGGCAAUGUACCUCUACUUCGUGAAAUCGGAGUCCCGGACCCCCGGCGGGCUCGUCGCCAGGCCGGUACUCACCAGCUAUUACAAGAGCCGCCACUUCCUCGACCGGCCUUUCGACCCCUACAACAUACUCACCAGCCCCAACGAGGCCAUUCUGUGCCAGGACUCGUACCAAAGCAUGUACGCCCAGCUGCUGUGCGGUCUGGUCCAGCGUGCCGAGGUUGUUCGGGUGGGCGCCAUCUUUGCCUCCGGCUUCAUUCGAGCCAUCAAAUUCUUAGAGAAGCACUGGCCUCGUCUGUGCCGCGACAUCAGGACCGGCAUCCUCGACCCCGAGAUCACCGAUGGGGCCGUGCGCGAGGCGAUCGAGCGUGUGCUCCGGCCGGACCCCGGCCUCGCAGGCCAGAUUGAGGCGGAGUGCAGCAAGCCCUCAUGUGAGGGCAUCAUCCGCCGAAUAUGGCCGAAUACCAGGUACAUCGAUGUCAUCGUCACCGGCGCGAUGGCACAAUAUAUUCCCACCCUCGACUUCUACGGGGGCGGCCUCCCAUUGGCGUGCACGAUGUAUGGGUCAUCCGAAUGCUAUCUCGGUAUUAACCUUAACCCGAUGUGCAAGCCCAGCGAGGUUGCUUACACCUUGAUCCCCACCAUGGCCUACUUUGAGUUCAUGCCGGUCCAUCAUGUCAGCAAUGGCGCCAAGGACUACGAUCAACGUGACUUGGUCGACCUCGUCGACGUGAAGCUCGGGCAGGAGUACGAACUCGUGGUCACCACCUACUCCGGCUUGUAUCGUUAUAGAGUCGGCGACGUUCUUCGGGUUGCCGGAUUCAAGAACAAGGCACCGCAGUUCAAUUUUGUGAGGCGAAAGAAUGUGGCUCUAAGUAUUGAUUCGGAUAAGACGGACGAGGUGGAGCUCCAUGCAGCGGUGAGGAAUGCGGUGAGCCACUUGGAGCCAUUUGGGGCGUCGCUGGUGGAGUACACAAGCUACGCCGACACGUCGAGCAUCCCGGGCCACUACGUGCUGUUCUGGGAGCUGAAGGCGGGUGGGACGGCGGUGCCGCCGUCGGUAUUCGAGGACUGCUGCCUGGCGGUGGAGGAGUCUCUGAACACCGUGUACCGGCAAGGACGGGUGUGCGACAAGUCGAUCGGGCCGCUGGAGAUCCGAGUGGUGGAGGAGGGGACGUUCGACAAGAUGAUGGACUACGCGUUGAGCCAAGGAGCGUCGAUCAAUCAGUACAAGGCGCCGCGAUGCGUGCGCUCGGGGCCUGUGGUGGAGCUGCUCGACGGCCGAGUACAAUCCCGGUUCUUUAGCCCCAAGUGCCCCAAAUGGGUUCCAGGCCACAAGCAAUGGAGCACGGAUAAUGGUGGGAUCUAAUAUAUAUGGAUCCUUCGACGGAAAAGAAAAGAAAGAGAUGUUGGUCUUCAAUCAUACUAGUCACCACCUUUAGAGUUAGAUGGAUCUGCCCCCUUAUCUCUCUCUCUCCCCCUUUUCCCUCCUAGCUGGUUUUCUCUUUGUUUUCCUUUUUGUAUUAGGUGUUAAUGAAGCUAGGAAUUAAUCAUCCGUCUAGACUAGUGUACAAAAUGUUCUUUUGAAGGAAGUUUUUAUAUCACUUUU